AUGCUCUCCUCUCGUUUUUUAGUUAUUCUUUUUGUUGCCCUUUUGGGUGUUUGCCUUUCCGAUUCGCCAGAUUCUUCAUUAAAAAAAGCUAACACAUCAUCAUGUGUUCCACCAAUGAGAGAAUGCGAUUCAGGAACGCCAAGUGGACCGAAGUGUUAUCCAGAACAGUGGUUUUGUGACGGGUAUCCAGAUUGUCGAGAUAAUUCAGAUGAACCUCCUACGUGUAAAUCGAAAAGUUUUCAAAAAAGAGCGUGUCUUGAAAACGAGUUUGUUUGUAAAACGGGUAAAUGUCUACCUCGUGGAUACCUCUGUGAUGGACAGUUGGACUGUGGACGUUUUCCAGAUGGACUACAAGAUCGUUCAGAUGAAUCGCGAGAGCUUUGCAACCAACCUUUGAAUUGCGAGCAUAACGAAUAUGCAUGUGCAGCGUCUGCUCAAUGUGUACCACUUUUCAAGUUUUGUGAUGGAAAGCUGGAUUGUUCGGAUGGCUCAGAUGAAGUCUGCCGUGUGAAAAACAUUUCAACAGCUAACGAUUGUGAAUAUGGAGCAGCAAUAACCAUUGAUGGAAUCAAAUGUUAUUGUCCAAAAAACAAAUUCUUGAAUGAAAAAGGAAAAUGCGAGUUUGUCAAUCAGUGUGAUCGAUUGAAAAAUGGUAUUUUUAAUUAUCUUAAUAGGUAUAUUUUAUCAAUUUUAGGACUUCCUCCUGCAUGUUCCCAAGGAUGUACGGACAACAAAAAUGGAACAUUCUCGUGCUUCUGUUUCGAUCCAAGACUUACUGUUGCAAAUGGUACACACUGCGUAGCCGAAAAAGAUGUUUCUAUUCCAAGUGUUGCAAUUCUCACGAAACAGAAGAUUUAUACAAUUCAAAAUGGAACUAUGUCAAACUAUUCAAGUCUACCACGACCACUGGGAAAACCUGGAGCUCUGACUCUUGUAUUUCAACAUCCGGACUUUCCUGAAGCAAAAGUUCCAAUUCUUUGUCUCUCUGAAGCCCCAACUUCGAAUCAAAGUUAUAUCACAUGUGGGAAUGUAGAAGGAUCUGAACCAGUUACGAAAUCUUAUGCAGUGGAUUUUGAUAUCUCUGCAAUUCAUAUGAUUCGAUUCGAUAACUUUGGCAACAAUUGGAUAUUCACAGAUGCGUCAUAUUACAUCUUCAUUUGUAAACAUGACUCUGUUAAAAUUUCCAAAUGCCAUACGUUUGCUGCUGGAGCAAUGGGAACACUCCAAGAUGUUCAAUACGAUGGAGUGAACGGGCAGUUCUUUGUCACCGACAGUGAUUAUUUUCAACAAGGAAUCUGGAGAAUCGACGUGGCAUCAGGAGAGAGAAAUCGACUGACCACUCAACCGAUCACAUCUCCUGCUUUGGCAAUUGAUCCAUUCACAAAGACACUUUAUUAUGUGGACAGCUCUGCAAAUUCCAUCAAGGCUAUUGACUAUAACUCGAAUUUCUCAAGAAUUGUGGUAUCAGGACGGAUUGCAAAAGAAGUAACACAGUUGGAUUACGCCGAAGGAAAACUUUUUGCCACUUUGAGAGACAACAGAGUUUUUGUAGCCAACGCUCUGGAAUCGGAUUCAGAGGCAGUUCUGAAGACGUGGCAGGAGAUAACCCCUCCCAGCAAUGGAGGACCAAAUAAGGUGAUAAUGGAAGUUUUUCAUUUUCGAAGGAAUGCAAAUGCAUGGAAGAAUAAAGGAAGGAAUAUUUGCAAAGCUGCUUCUUGCGAUGAUAUUUGUAUUGGUCACAUCGAGAAAACUUUCUCUUGCCUCUGCAGAGACGGAUUGAUUCAAAAAGAAAAUAAAUGUCAAGAGAUUGAUCAAAAUGAAUUGAAAGAUAAAGAAAUUUUAAUCUUGGCUCAGCUGAGACCGGCAAGGGUAAAAGUUCUUGGAUUCAAUAAAGAUUAUCAGACUGAAGACAUUGGAAUUCCGGAUAUUCUUGCUGCAAAACGACCAAGUGCAAUCACGUUUGAUCCAAAAGGGAAGCGGAUACUGAUGUACGAUUUGAAGAGGCAUUCCUUAGUUGUUCAGAAGAUGGAUCAAUCAAAUACAACUUUCCAUGGACUAACUGGAAUCAUGAACUGUGAAGGAAUGGCAUAUGAUUACACUUCGGAUAAUCUCUAUAUGACUGAUCAGAAAAGAAAGCUGAUUACGGUACAAAGGCUGUCAAACCUUUCCGUCCAGAAAAUCAUUGUAAGAGGAAACAUGAGCAAUCCACGAGCAAUUGCUGUUCAUGUCGCCAAAAGUUAUUUAUUCUGGGGAAGUUGGAGUGAGGAUAGACAAAACGAUGCAACGACUCCUGCAAUGAUCGAAAGAUCCAAGUUGGAUGGAAGCGAACGAAAAACUCUUGUUUCCAAGAAUUCAAUGUGGAUUAAUGGGUUGACUCUCGAUCUGAAAAAUGAUUUUCUGUAUUGGUGUGAUGCAUAUCGGAACGUCAUCGAAAGAAUUCGAUGGAAUGGAGCUGAUCGGGAAGUUAUCAUUCAAGGUGUUGAUAAGAUUUCGCAUCCUUAUGGUCUCGCUUUCUUCGAUAAUCAUAUUUUCUUCACCGAAUUCAAACGAGGUGCUGUCAAACGAGUCAAUGUCAAUUUUCCGGAUCAAGUGCAAGAGAUUUUCCAAUACUCUGCGACAGUUUUUGAACUUGCAGUGUUCAAAAACUCUCUCUCCAAAUGUAAGUUAAUACACAAAACUAUUUUUAAAACUUUAAUAAAUUCAGCAACAUCUCCUUGCUCGACGUCUUCGAGCAAUUGCGAACACUUCUGCUUUGCCACUUCUUGCAAAGGGUCGGUUGGAUGUGAACCUGUGAAGUGUGGCUGUGCCGACGGAAUGAAGUUAGUAGACAACGGAAAAUGUGUCAAAGAUGAGCACUGGGAAGAUCCAAAUGGAUGCGAUGAGGAUAGAGAAUUCACUUGUUUGAAUAGCAGAAAAUGUAUUCCAAAGGCAAAUUUAUGUGAUGGAGACGAUGAUUGUGGUGAUGGAAGUGAUGAGGAUUCAAAUGGAAUUUGUAAAGACUUCAAAUGUGUUGGAAACAAAUUUCAAUGUGAUUCAACAACAUGUAUUCCUCUUGAAUUCCUUUGUGAUGGAAAAUCAGACUGCAACGAUGGCACUGAUGAAUUGGAGACGAUGUGUAAGACGGUUCCCGAUGUGAGAUGUUCCGUUGGACAGUUCCGUUGUUCCAACACAAAAUGUAUUGAUAAAUCAAAACGAUGCAAUGGAAUUCAAGAUUGUGAGAAUGGCUCAGAUGAAGAAGAUUGCCCUCGAAGCAAACUGUGUACUCCCACAGAAUUCCGAUGUGGAACUGGACUGUGCAUCAAACAAUCCCAAGUCUGUGAUGGCAAAAUGCAAUGCUUGGAUGGAUUAGACGAGAAACAUUGUGAAGAGAAUAAUUCAUGUAUCAAGGGAAGACAAUUCAGAUGUGCAAAUAAACAAUCCACGUGUUUGGAUAUGAUUUUCCAAUGUGACGGAGUGCCAGAUUGUGAGGAUGAAAGUGAUGAAUCUCCAGAAUUCUGCAAAGGAAAUACCUCUUCUUCUUGUGCAAAAAUGAAUCAGUUCAUGUGUGCAGAUGGAAAAUGUUUGCGAAGUUUCCAGCUAUGUGAUGGAUUUCCAGAUUGUUUAACGGGAGAGGAUGAGAAAGAGUGUCCACCAUCAAUGUGCAACAGUGCUACUCAUUUGAGUUGUGCAAAUGGAAACAAAUGUGUUUCGAAGGAAUUGGAAUGUGAUGGUGUAGAUGAUUGUGGAGACAAGUCGGAUGAAUCACAUUGUGACGAUAUUCGAAUGGAGGCAGCUCUAUUGCGAUGCAUUCCUCCAAUGUACAAAUGUCAAAGUGGAAGAUUCCAAUGCAUCUCCGACAAACAACUAUGCGAUGGAAAGAAUGAUUGUCCUAGUGGAGAUGAUGAAGGAAUGUGGUGUUCUUUCCUAUGCAAUUCAACUGAAAUCGGAUGUUCACAUACGUGCCGAGCUACUCCAUCUGGUCCCAUUUGCUCAUGUCCUGAUGAAUAUUUCCUUGAGAAAGAUGGAGUUACAUGUGCUAAAAAAGAUCCAUGUCGCUUUGGGCAAUGCUCUCAGCAUUGUAUGUCACAAGGAUCUCGUCAUUUCUGUUACUGCGAAGAUGGAUACAAGUUGUUGAAUGAUAGAAUCUCUUGCCGUACAGUUGAUCCAAAGACAGAGUUCAUGAUCUACUCUAACCGCCAUGAAAUCCGAAUGAUUCAAGCAACGUCUCCUGGAAGUAUUCCACUGAUUUCAAGUCUUACAAAUGCGAUUGCUCUAGACUUCAAAUAUCUUAAUAAUGGAUCCCUAAUUGUUUAUUGGACGGAUUUAUCGUCUGAUAAGAUAUAUUCUGGAUUAAUGGACCAACGGACGAUUAUGUAUUCAAGAACGAUUGUUUCAUACGGAGUAUUUAAUGCAGAAGGAAUUGCAGUUGAUUGGAUAACUGGAAACAUUUACUGGAUAGACAGUCAUUUGGAUACAAUUCAAGUUCUAUCUGAAGAUGGAACAAAACGAGCAACAGUAGUCAAUGAGAAUAUGGGAAACGCAAGAUCACUGGCAAUUGAUGUGGAAGAAGGUUUAAUGUUCUGGACAGAUUGGGAGGAAGCGAAUCCGAGAAUCGAGAGAUGUACAUUAGCCGGAAAGAAUCGUGCAACUGUUUGGAAGAUUUCGAAUGUUGCACAGGCUGGAUGGCCGAAUGGGAUUGCAUUGGAUACGAUUACAAAACGAGUUUAUUGGGUUGAUGCAAAAUCGGAUUCGAUUCAUACAAUCACUUACGACGGUCGAGAUCACGUCCUUGUGCUCCGAGAUCCAGAAAGACUUGGACAUUGUUUUGGUAUUGAUGUUUACGGAGAUAACGUCUAUUUCUCGGAUUGGAGAACCAAUACAAUUAGCACAGUUAAUAAAUUCGGUAAAGGAGAAGUGACCAUAGUGGAAAGAGUUGCAACUCAACCAUUCUCUUUGAAAAUCGUGCACCGAUCUAAACAGAAACGCCAACUGAAAAACAUGUGUGACGGUUUCAAAUGCAAUGGAAUAUGCUUGAAUGAUGGAAGAAACAAAGCCAGCUGCCAAUGUACGAAUAUUCAAACUACAACCGACGAUGGAUGUGUAGAUGUUGAACAGACUCUUCUGAUUGCUACAAAAAAUGCGGUUCGUGGAUUCUCAACAAUUCCUCCUCAUCCACACGCCUUUCCGCUUGUCUCUGGGAAACAGUUUGAGAAUAUUCGAGACGUUGGAAGUUUCCAGAAUCGCCUUCAAAUUCUCGAUGAUCUAACGGACCAAGUGGUCCUUGUGAAUUUGACUGGGGAAGCAGAUGAACAGAUUUUAGCAACCGGAAGUGAUAUGUACGGUGUUAGUGGAAUGACAAUCGAUCCUGUUCUUGGAAAUACCUACUUUACUUUCUUUUCAAAUGAUGGAACUGGAAGAAUCGAAGUCAUCAAUGCAGAAGGAACUAGUAAGAAAGUGCUGGUUGAAUCGGGAACUUUUCCUGGAAUGAGAUUCCCAAGAGGCAUUAUUUUUGUAAACUCAACAAAGAAAUUGUAUUGGUUCGAAGCUGGAACAACUCCAUACACCAUCUUUACAAUGUCAGCUGCUGGAAACGGAGCAAAGAAGCUGAAGCUGAAUUCCACGUUGCUCACAAAAGUCUACAAUCCUACGGUAGACCAAUUCAAUUCUAAACUGUAUUGGAUAUCUCAAGGAAAAAUAGUUCAAUUCAAUCCAGCAACAGAAAUCAUUAACGAAAUAGAAGUUACUGGUGGAGACAAGAAUGUCAGUUCGAUUGCCGUUGAUCAGAAGAAUGGCGAUAUUCUGAUUGGAGAGUUUGUGAGAAUUGCCAACCAGACUACAGUAAGAAGAUUGUCAAUGAAGGGUACGAAGUCAACACAAACAGGAGGCGUCAUGCAAGUUCCACUUCACAGCUCCGUUCAGUUCUUCUUGGCAACUAUUGAUACUUCGAAAGUGGUGAAGAAUAUUCCUGAUGAAUGCAAGACUUGUGAAUCUCUCUGUUUGAGCAAAGAUCAGAAAACAUUCGAGUGUGCUUGCUCUCAAGGAUACAUCUUGGAAAAUGGAAAAUGUCGGUCACCAGAAAAGAGAGUCAUUUAUGUCACUGAUGACGGAUCAGUUCAAUCUGUAGGAUGGUACAAAGAUCAGAAGUCGGGAGAAAUGGUACAAGUAAUGAGAGCUCACUCUCUCCACAGUGAUAUUGGCAAAAAACGAAUUGUCAGACUGGUAGCAGACACCAAAAAAGAUGUGAUCUACGUUGUGACUCGUCAAAAUGAAGUCUGGAAAUGUGCAACAAACGGAUCCUUCGCUCAUAUGAUCUACUCAACAACUUCUCAUCGGAUCGCAGCGAUAAGUUUGGAUAGAGUAACUGGACAUCUCCUCGUAUCAGCUAGAGAAUCGGUGUCUUCCAAAGGAGACAUUGUUCUUCUGGAUCCGGACCGUUAUCAAGAAGGAAUGUAUUCUGUGAUAGUAGAAGAUGAAGAAAAAGUCCCAUAUGAAAUCGCAGUGGAUCCUCCGAAAGGAAAAAUCUUCUGGGCGAGUGCUCAUUGUAUCAAGGCAGCAAACUACGAUGGAAGUGAACCGAAAUGCAUUGUCGCAAAGUCAGCAGUUGCCACGAUUGCAGUAGAUGAAGAUCGUUCUCGACUUUGCUACAUGGAUUCUGAAAGAGCAGCAGUUGAUUGUGUCGAUUACAAUGGAGAGAACGAACAGAGAAAUGUGGCGAUGUUCAAAGCACAAGGACUUGCCGAAGUUGUCAGUUUGUCAUUCAAUGGAGAUGAAAUGUUCUUCUUUGAUAAAUUCAAUUCAUCGGGAAGUAUCGUAAGAGGGAUAGUUCAAAAAGAUGGAUCUGUGGUUUUCGUAGAUUCUAUCAAAAAACAACUACCCCGCCAAAAACUAAGAAUAAUUGACUUUGAUAUUAUGGAUCAAAAGAAGUCAGUUCUCUUCACUGCCUGUUCCAAUAACAACGGAGGAUGUGAACAUCUUUGUAUUACGGUACCAUUCGAGGACUCCAUCAAGAAGAAGUGUAUAUGCGUUCAUUCAGUCCCUACAGAAGACGGAACCUGUGGUCAAAGUAACACAUUUGUAGCUUUCACUCGGUUCACUUCCAUUGAAUUCCUGUCUGCCACUCCUGGAGUUAUGGCUCCACCUUACAAACAAAUUGCCUCUGCCAGUUGUGCUAUGACGAAAAUCGGAGCGAUUGCCGCAGAUAAUUCAAGAGGAAGAAUUUACUUUGCGGAUUAUGAAAAAUUCCGAAUCUCAGCAGUCAAUUUCGAUGGAACGGGAUGCGUUGUGAUUGCAGAAGACGUUCGAGUCGUUCCUAGCAUGGCUUACGAUGAGGUCAAUCGAGAACUCUACUACGUGUCAGCCAAUCCGGCGGGUAUUUGGAGAAUCGAUGUAGCUGACAAUAACUUGGAAAAUUAUCCAACGGAACCAAAACUUGUGUUGCUAUUGACAAAUAGGGACCGACCUCGUCAUUUGGCAAUCGAUCCAUGUAGAAUGCUUUUAUUCUUCACAAACAACGCAAUCACUGGAUCUGUCAUUGAACGGGCAUAUUUCAGCGGGUAUAAAAGAAAAAUUAGUGAAAUUUUUAAGGAACAAAUUCUCCAAGAGGAUCUCCACGAUUUACGAGGAUUAGCAAUUGAUCUCGAAACUGAAAAAUUGUAUUUUUCGGAUUCCAAAGAUUUCAGAAUAUCCCGUUGUGAUUUAGAUGGGUGUAACAGAGAGGUUGUCAUUUCCAACUCUGAUAAUCCCUCGAUCCAUCCUUUCGAAUUGGAAAUUUACGAAAAUGAAAUCAUCUUUACUGAUUGGGUUAAAAGAGCUGUCUCAGGAAUUAACAAAAUAUCGGGUGUCGAGCAUCGUCUUAUGAAUCGGGCAACAGAAGUUCCCGUUGGAUUAGUGGUGGUUGAUGUAUCAAAAGAGUUUUGCACCAAAAAUCCAUGCUAUGAAAAUGAACUGAAAUGUGGGGACUACUGUAGACUGAUGGCAGAUGGACAAGCUACUUGUGCAUGUAACGGAGAAAGAAGAUUGAGUGCAGACAACAAAACGUGUACAGGAGGUAACGAAAUUCGAUACUAUUGGGAGAAUAGCUGUUAUAAUUUUACAGAUGUUGAUGAGAAAAAGUGUGCAGAGAACGAAUUCAAAUGUCUCCACUCUGAUAAAUGCAUUCCGUAUGAAGACACGUGUGAUCAAUACAACGAUUGUCCGAUGUUUGAUGACGAAGAUGCCAAAUACUGUUCCAGUCGUGUUUGCCGUCCUGGAUAUUUUGAUUGUGGAAAUGGUCUCUGUAUCAGCGAAAGUAAAGUGUGCAAUCGAUUCAACGACUGCAUCAAUUUCCAUGAUGAAAACAAUUGUACAUGCAGUAAAAGUGAAUUCAAAUGCGAUUCAGGAAACUGUAUACCGGGAGAAGACAGAUGUAAUCACGUACAGGAUUGUAACGAUGCAAGUGAUGAAAUCGGAUGCCCCUACAGAAAUUGCUCAUCUUUAGUGGAGUUUGGUAUGAGUGACCUUAUCAACUGUGCAUCAACAUCUCAAUGUAUUCAUCCUUCAUGGAAGUGUGAUGGAACCAAUGAUUGCUAUGAUGGAUCAGAUGAAUUGGAUUGUCUAGUGGAAUUUGAUUUCAACAAAGGAAGUGUAUCACCACCCAGAAGCUGUGACUCUGCCACUCAAUUCCCCUGUUUAGCUACGAGAAAUUGUAUGCCAAACCGUUGGAGAUGUGAUGGUCAACCAGAUUGUGCGGACGGAUCAGAUGAGGCGAACUGUGAGCAGAAAGCAUGCAAUUCGUUUGAGUUCACAUGCGAAUCUACGAAAAAAUGUAUUCCGUUGGAACAGAAAUGUGAUGGUAGAUCAGAUUGUCCAAAUGGAGAAGAUGAGAAUUCGUGUGACACAGAAUGUGACUCAAAGAAUGGAAAUUCAACAUUCAGAUGCACUAAUCAUAGAUGUAUUCCGAUGGCGUGGAGAUGUGAUGGAACUGACGAUUGUUUGGAUAAUGCAAAAUCACUUGGGUCAGAUGAAAUGGAUUGUGCUCCAGGGAAAACAUCAUUCCAUGUUCCAUCAAGAUGUACAGAUGAGACUUGCGUGGUUGCUUGUGAGUUGACAGCAGUUCUUUGUGAUGGAAUCAAAGAUUGUAAUGAUGGAUUCGAUGAAGAAAACUGUGCUUCGUUGGAUAGACAGUGCAAACUAAAUGAAUGGAUGUGCGAUAGUGGACAAUGUAUUAAUUCAGCUCAUCUCUGUGAUUCAUCUGUAGAUUGUAUUGAUGGAUCAGAUGAAUGGGUUGAGAUAUGUUCACUCUCAGAACCGCCAAAACGUGGAUGUCCAAACGGAUGGUCAUGUGUUUUGAAAAAUGGAACUAUUGGCUGUCUGCAGGAACAUCAACUUUGCGAUGGAAGAAAAGACUGCAUGUCUGGAAUUGAUGAACAAUGCGAUCUGCCACAAGGAAACUGCUCAUCGGCAAGAAACUCUUGUGAACAGCCCUGGAACUGCAAACGAAAUGCCGGCUUUGAAACGUGUUCAUGUGAUGAAGGGUUCCAUCUCUCUCCGUAUGAUAAGAGGACAUGCCUACGAUCUCCAUCAUGCCCGAAAGCCAACUGUUCUCACUUCUGCAUCGAUCGACGAGACGUUGGGCAUCAAUGUUUCUGUGCUCCUGGUUUUAUUCUCUCGGAUAAUCAGAGAGAUUGUAGAAGAAACGAUACAAUUGAGCCGGAAAUUUUGAUGGUUUCUGGUCACCGUCUGAAACUUUUCACAAUCGAUGGACACGCCAAAGCAACUCUUCUAUCGAAUCUGACCAACGGAGUUGCUUUAGACUAUGACGUGAAGAGUGAUUUGGUCUAUUGGACAGAUGUCACAAACAGUGGAAAUAAGGCGGGAAUCACUUCAAUGAGCAAUCAGCCAUAUACGUAUCGAAUCAUAAACUCUCUACCAACGAAGGGAAUUGAUGGAAUCGCUGUGGAUUGGCUUGGAAGACACAUUUAUUAUACGGAUAGAAACCACGAUGCAAUUGCAGUCUGUGACAUGAGAGGAAGAUUCAACCGAAUUCUUCUCAAGGGAACACCACUGAAUGAUCCACGAGCUAUUGUUCUCGAUCCCAUCCAGGCUCUUCUUUUCUGGACUGAUUGGGGAGCUUCUGCUCAUAUUGGAAGAAUGAACAUGGACGGUUCAAACGAGAUGAUAAUUCUUGAAGAUCGUACGAUUCGAUGGCCAAAUGCAUUGGCUGUUGAUGCACCGGCACAACGGCUAUAUUUUGGAGAUGCUCACAGAGAUUACAUUGCUUCUUGCAAUUACGAUGGAACUAAAAGAAGAAUGGUUCUGAGAAAUUCUGUACGACAUAUUUUCGCUUUGGCAGUAUUUGAAGACUAUAUUUAUUGGAGUGAUUGGCAUAAUCAUACCAUUGAACGAGUUCAUAAAAUUACUGGAGACAAUCGGAAAGUGCUGAUUCAAGACAAACAAUACCGACCAAUGGGAUUCAAAGUUGUUCAUCCUUCAUUUCAGAAUAUGGGAAGUAUGAAAACAGCCAAACAUCCAUGCUCUCAGCCAGCGCGAUGUGACAAUCUAUGCAUUCCUGCUAGUAGUCCAGAAGCGUUUACAUGUAUGUGUGCACAAGGAUUCCGAUCGGAUGGAAGAUCGUGUGUUUCUGAAUGCAAACCAAAUGAUUUUGUCUGCACAAAAACCUACAAAUGCAUUGCUUCGUGGUGGAGAUGUGACGGACAAGAUGAUUGUGGUGAUGGAGAAGAUGAAGGAUAUUUUUUGAAAGGCGUCUGUCCUCAGUUCCCUUGUGAUCCCGGACAAUUCCUGUGCCCAAAGUCCCCUCGGAACACCACUGCGCAAUGCUUGUAUGCUUCAAAACUUUGUGAUGGAGUCAAGGAUUGUUUAGAAGGGGAAGAUGAGGAAAAGACAUUCUGCGAACAUUUCGAAUGCACUGAAUCUCAAUUCAAAUGUGGCGACAAGAAGAAAUGUAUUCCACUGACGUCCGUAUGUGAUAAAGAAAAAGACUGUGACGAUGGAUCGGAUGAACGAAGUUGUGAAAUCAAAAGUUGUAAACCUGACUUCUUCGCCUGCGUCAAUGAAACCACAUCACAAAUCUCAAAAUGUAUUCCAAAAGAAUUCUAUUGUGACGGAGAAGAUGAUUGUCCAAAUGGACAGGAUGAACCUGAUACUUGCUUCGGAAUCGGAGAAUGCACACAUGAGCAAUUUCAGUGUGCAAGUGGAAAAUGUAUUCCAAAAAGGAGAAAAUGUGAUGGCACAAUUGAUUGUAGAGAUGGAUCGGAUGAGAAAGGAUGCAAGAAAGAAUGUGCAAUUGUGUGUGACAACGAAUGUGUUCCAGUUGAAGAACUCUGUGAUGGAAAACGAAAAUGCACACAUGGAACAGAUGAAGAGGAAGAGGCUUGUGCUAUCAAGAAAUUGAUGGAGAAACCUGUGCUUCGAACCUGUGGAGGAUUCAAAUGUGAUGGAAUUAUUGAUUGUGAAGAUGGAGCAGACGAAAAGGGAUGUCCGGAUCUGGAAUGCCAUCUUUCGAACAACGCUUCUCUCAUUUGUGAUGGAAAGGUUGAUUGCGAGAGUGGGAAGGAUGAACAGAACUGUCAGAAUUAUGGAGGCUACAGUAACCCGCUCUUCCAGUGUUCCAGACAAACCGUCAAGGAAUGGCAGGUCUGCGAUGGUCGAUGGGAUUGUGCAGAUGGUCUAGACGAAUAUCCAGAAAUGUGCAAAUCAAGACAAGCGAGAUGCUUUAGAAUCGGAUUCUGUGACGACAAAAAGCAAUGUCUCGAUGUUUCAACUGCGCUUUGUGAUGGUUUCAAAGACUGCUCCGAUGGAAGUGAUGAGAGUCCUGCUCACUGCAAAGACAUGUGCAAGGGAAUGUUCAGGUGCACAAACGGAAGAUGCCUGGAUGAAUCAGCACGUUGUGACGGAAGAGAUGAUUGUGGAGAUGGAUCGGAUGAAGAUACUUGUGGAUUGCAAUGCCACCAUUUUGGUACUUGUCCUCAAAAAUGCUGGAUGGCAUAUAAUAGUACUGCACGAUGCCAUUGCGAUGUGGGAUACACAAAAAGUACGAAAUAUAACGAUUGUGAACCCCUCACAAAAUUCACUGAAAUCUUCCUAUCAAAUGGAAAACGAUUACAUUUGAUGGUUGCUGAGGAAACUCGCCUCCGAACUGUUUUCAAUGAGAGGAUGAAUAUUAUUUCUGGUGGAAUUGAUUUUGGAUAUGACAUGUACAAAACUACAUUGAUGUAUUCUGUCGGAAUUGGAAAGAAUCGAGUGGAUAUCAGAACAAAGAAGUGGUCCGAAAGCAAACCAUCAGACGAAUGGGGAGAGAAAAACGACGAGAGUACAGCUGGAUUGAUUGCUCAUGAUUUCAUGCAUAACAAUGUUUAUCUCACAGAAAGUGGGUCGUAUAUUCCCGGAAUUUUAUUUCAUACCCAAGAAAAUAUUUAUGUUGCGAAAUCCAAGGAUACAAACACCCGAACUCUGAUUGUAAAUUCAACCGGAUCCAUCACUUCGCUUUCUGUUGAUCCAAUUCAACGUCUCAUUUUCUGGACGACUGGAGCUCCGGUACCAAGAAUUCUGUCAGCACAUUUGGAUGGUACUCCGAUUGCUCAGCUAUUCAAAACUGGAUCUCAACCACACAAAGCGUUGAUUGAGAGAAAUAUUUUUGACCCCAAAUCGUUAAUUUUGGAUUCUCCAAACAAAAGAUUAUAUUGGAUUGAUGGUUUCAAAAGAACCGUUGAAACUGUAUCUUACGAUGGAAGAGACAGGCGAACGGUGCGGAAGUUCGAAUUGGGAGACAGUCCAGUUUCAAUGGAUAUCAUUGGGGGAUACAUUUAUUUGGUCACUCUCCAAGGAAACAUUCAUAAAAUGCACAAGUUCAGUGGAAAAACCAAUAAGUAUCCACAAAGAAUUCGAGAUGUUGCACCAAGAAUUCGUCUACUGAUUGCUCAUCCUUCUAAACAUACCGUAUCCCAUAUCACCCAUCAGAAGAAUCCAUGUCAAUCAGAUUACUGUCCAUCUGAAACUGUUUGUAUUCCUAAAGAGGAUACAAACGGAGUUUUAAUUCCAAAGUGUCUUUGCGGAGCUGGCAGGUUCUUCGAAGAAUCGACCAAAAAAUGUCUACCUGUUCAUGAUAUGAACCAAGAAGCUUCUCGUGAGUUUUUUAAGAUUUUGAGAGAUAUCCUUAAUGACUUUUUCGAGAAAGAAUGUGGAGACUAUUUCUGUUACAACAAUGCAGCUUGCAGUGCUCAAAAGAAAUGUAUCUGUCCACCUGGUUUCUAUGGAAGGCAAUGUGAAGUUAGUAGCAAUUUUCGAACUAUUGUAAUUAACGAAUGUUCCGAACGGUGUUGGAAUGGAGAGACAUGCGCUAUCAGAGAAAGCGGAGCGACCAGAAACAUCGAGUGUCAUUGUCCUGCAAACUAUACCCAAAUCGACUGUGCAACGAAUGUGUGUGAAGGAGUUUGUGGUCCCCGUGGAUCAUGUAAAACUGUUCCAUGCACAAGAGAAGAACCCCAUUGUCGUUCAUACAGUUACUGUGAAUGUGAUAAAGGAUGGUCUGGACCUCAUUGUAGACACAAGAUCGAUGCUAAGAUUUGUUAUGGACACUGCUUCAGCGGAGGAGAAUGCCAAGGAGAUCAACCAUCAAAUCUGAAAUGUCAAUGUAGACCAGGAUUCAACGGAAAUCGGUGUCAAAACUGUAAGGAUCGUGAGUGCCUAAAUGGAGGAUUUUGUUCAUAUUUUGGAUCAAAUCGAACAAUGUCGCAUUGCAUCUGCCCAUCCGGGUAUACCGGAGAUAACUGUGAGGAAUAUCUUUGCAAGGAUGCAUGUUCUUAUGGAGAAAAAUGUGUUUAUGACUUCACGAAUCACUUACAACCGAUCUCUUGCUUCUGCGAGAAAAACGCAGCUGCUCCAAACGCAGAUUGCUCUCCUAUCUGCCAUAAACAACCCAAUUGGUGCCACAAUGGAGGAAAGUGUCUCGAUAUGCCUGGAAGUCCUGGAAAGUGCAAAUGUCUUCCAAGAUUCACUGGUCCCCGAUGCGAUGUUCCUGUACUAUGUGAUGAUUACUGUACCAACAAUUCAAAGUGUAUUGAGACAAACGGAACACAUUUCGAGUGUGAAUGUAAACCUGGUUUCAAGGGAUUACGUUGUGAACAAGAAACGCUAUGUAGUGAAUGCCAAAAUGGAGCCAAGUGCAUCAAGCAGCCAUCAAGAACCGUACUUUGUCAAUGUCCUGAAGGUCUUGGAGGCAAAUAUUGUGAGGAGAUAACAGCCGUUUCUUGCAAUCAACUAAAGUGCCAAAACGGAGGAUAUUGCCUGGAACCGGAUUCGGAUGUGGAUAGGAAUCGUCCUCAAUGUGUUUGUCGACCUGGAUUCCAGGGAAUUCUUUGUGGAUCACAUUCCUGUGACAACUUCUGCCAUCACGAUGGGAAGUGCUCACUCAAUGAAGAGUUUGAACCGCAAUGCGAAUGUUACAAAGCUUUUACUGGAGAUCGAUGUCAGUAUCGUGUUAGUCACUUAACACCACCAUCUGAAGCUGAUAGUCUUAGUUGGACAAGAUUUUUCGUCAUUCUGAUCAUCGUCAUUCUCACAAUAGUUCUUCUUAUUGGAAUAGUCGCCAACAGAUCCAACAGGUUUGCCGUUUUCCGCCAGUUCCGUCAUAACCCACUGCAAAAUCAUGAAGCACCUGCCGAUCAGUUCAGCAAUCCAGCGUAUCUGAUCGAUGAAGGAGGUAUUGAACUAAUCACCCAAAAUACGAGUCUCGUAUCAUCUCACGAACGUGGAUCGUUCAACAAUCCGGCUUUCGAGCAAGAAAUGGUUCCAAUUUACAACGACACUGUGGAGAAUCAUGAAUUGCUUCCGAAUAGAUCUUCUAAUUAA